GAUCACGAAGCCGCGGCGUCGCGCCGCAGGUGGCAGGUUUCGCGCGAGGACGGCUCGGCGACACGCGUGAAUUUUGGUUAAUAUUGUUUAUAACAAAGUAAGUGUGACAAUGUCCCUUUUCAACGUGCGGCAAUUCUUCGGCGCGCUGUGUCAGCGUUACAUGUUCCCGUUCCCGGCGGUACACCUGUCUCGCACGCAAAAGAUUUUCAUCAUCUGCUUCGCCGGCGGUUCGAUAUUACUGGGAGGACUGGCACAGUUUUUGAAGAGACGACGGAGACACCCCAUCCCACCCUCCAGGAGGCAUUACAGAGACUACAAGACAAGAUUGGGCAACAUCAAGAACGCUAAUUUUGAUGUACUGUCGCAAGCGUCCUGGGCGAGAAGAAGCGAGGCCAGCACCAGGAGUCACAUUAGCGAUCGUGCGUCACUCAUCUCCUCCGUGCCGGGUGGUCCGGACAACGACGAAAGACUUACUCCGCAGCAAUAUGGUGUCCUCGGACUCGAGGCGCUGGAGAAGGCCCUUUAUUGCUGGGAGGACGCCCUCACCGCGUUCAGCUCGGCACUUGGAAACGACGCCCUGGCACUGCCGUCGAAGGCCGACGCGGCGUUCACCCACGACGUGCAGGAGCUGCUCGACAUGGGCUACCAGAUCCAGAGCCACGCGGAACUGCUCUUCCUCGAUCAACACUCCGUUUUAUUCCGCAACGACAGCGAGGAGAGCCUCGACAAGCCUUCGAACAUCGGGACGCGGCUGUCUGGUAUCAGGGAUAAUAAAGCCGACGUCGCAUCGUCGCCCGAAUCGUUCGAGUCUGCACGUGACGGGGUUGCGGAUCUGCGCGAAUUCGAGGAAUUCUCAGAACUGUUCCCACACUUCGAAAAGCAAAAGCUCUAUCAUGCUGCUCUUAAACAGCACGAGGAUAAGGGCAUUCCUUGCAGGAGACUACACACGGAGCUUGUAAAGUGCGGAUCGGACGUGGAAUAUUUAGCGAAGGUGUACUGCCUGCGGCAAGCUUAUACGAAAUUGUUUAAUUUACCCACGGCAACGCAAUACAUAGUGGAUGUGGGUCGUCAAAUCAUUAGCGAUUUAAUUAUGUACGCGGAUAGGACGAAAAUGCUAUUGCAGGAUCCUAAAGAUUACCUAAUGUAUUAUGAGCGCAUGCUGGAGUUUCUGCAAGACCCGCGCAGUCAAGGUAUCAUGGAGGAGGAGUUGACCGCUCGAGGUGUCAAGUGCAUGAACUUCUACGACGUGCUCAUUGAUUUCAUACUCUUGGACGCGUUCGAGGACGUGGAGAAACCGCCGCCGCCCGUCAGAGCUAUAGUCCAGAACAGAUGGGUGUCCACCAGUUUUAAGGAAACUGCGAUAGGAACAGCGCUCUGGUCCCUCCUCGCGGGCAAAAGGAGAAUGCUGAAAUACGAUCAAGGCUUUUUGGCGCACUUCUACUCCAUCUCCGAGCAAAUCUCGCCGAUGUUCAUCUGGGGAUUCUUGGGUUCUGAAGAGAGCCUACGUUCCACUUGUUAUUACUUUAGGGAGCAAGUGAUCGAGUUUCUUGUAGAUAUAUUUAACUUCUUCAAGGUACGAUACACCACUGUCGACGAACUCGCCGCAGAUAUUCUCAGGGAAAUGAAACUAAGAGUCGACAAUAUAAAUCAAAGACUGUCGUUAGAAGGUUGCUAGCCAAAUGAAAUAAGUUUAGGCAACCAUGCUAACGCAACGUUGAAUAGGCUUGCGGAUUAUUUCAACUAUUGCAUUGCAUAUACCGCUCCGACAUCUAUGUUGUAAAAGAUAAUGUUAAUAUUAACGAAAUUAAGCCAUAUUUGAUAAGUUGGGUAAACGGUGCAACAUGUUAUCGCACGUUUUAAUUUUCAUUACCGCGCCUAUAACGAGUAAUUACAAUAAGUGAUCUUGCGAAAUUAUCUUGCGAAGUAAUAUCGCAAAGAGACACUGCGCACCCUUUUGUCGCCGCCAAUCAGAAAAAUCUAUAUUGAGCUUCACACUCGAAACAGCUUCUGAUGUCCAGUUCUCCACGUGCAACAUGUUAUCGCGUUUUAAUUUUCAUUACCACGCCCAUAUCAAGUAAUUGCAGCAAGUGAUCUUGCGAAGUAAUAUCGCAAAGAGACACUGCGCACCCCUGUGUUGCCGCCGAUUAGAAAACUAGUUUAAUUGAGUUCCACAUUUAAAUGAACAGCUUCUAAUGUCCAGUUCUCUACGAACAUAGGGGAUAAUUGAAAUGUCCGAUAUAGAUUUUACAAAAAUAGAUAUCAAAUUUAUAGGCUGGAUCCUACUUACAAAGCUUGGGAAAUUAAUCCAUCGCGCACGCGCAACAAUUAAACACGCAAUGUUAUUCACUCUGACCUAACAAGUAAUUUCGUUAUCAAUCAUUAUGUGAAAGAAAUUUUGUAGACACUCUAUAAAUAAUUUUGCGAGACAUGUAAAAUAUUGUGACUGUUGCAAUUCUAUUUAUUAUUUAUUAAAAUAUAAGUCUCAUUUUUA